AGCUCUCUCCACGUUGUUGUAGUGUCAGCUGAUGAACCUCAAGAAGUCCGGAGUGAGACAGACUUCCACUUUUCUCGCUUUUUCUCCGUCCACGAUGCCAAGAGGCGGGUCCCAGUCGGUGUGAUUGACGAGUGGGAAGUGCUGAUAUUGUAGGAGUUUUAAAUAUGGAGAUGGUUUCCCGGCUAAGCUUCAUGGACAUGGGGGUGGACAACGACCCUCCACUGUCGCCCGAGCUCCACCUGGGUACCAUGAAUACCUCAGACAUGUUUGAAACAGGUUGGGAGAGCUCGUCUGGAGUCGAGAGUGGGAUGUCGGGCAGUGGCAGCAGCAGCAGUUCGUCUUUCAGUCCGUAUGGAGGCCUCGCAGAUGACAACCUCUUCUUGUGGGAUGACGCCCAGCACCUCGAUGCCAACCUCUUCCAGGCCAACUUGGGCGAUUACUUUGGGGAAGAUGCUGACUUGCUCUCUUUGGCUGACAACCAGCCCUUUGAGGACAAUGAUUUCAGCUUUCUGCAGGACAGUGCAAGCAACAUUUCAUUUGCAUCGGACAUAUCCUCAUCAUCAUCCACCAUCACGUCAUACUCCAUCCCUCGUUCACCUGACCAUUCCAUGACCAUGUUGGAGGAAGAGCCUCUGGUGAAUACGCUUCCAUUGUCCACCUCUUCGCCCCUGAAGCCAGCUGGCGAGUCAAGAUCCUUGUGUCAGAGAUUACCCUCGCCUGGAGCUGAGGUAAUUCAGCAGCCCUUAAUUUCAAAGGUAGAGGAUGGAGGAAAUUCCUCAGUACAGACAAAUAGCAGGAGAUUACCCAGGGAAGAUGAUGGGAACAGAGACUCCUCGAGUCGUGAGGGGUCGAGUCCCAAAAAGAGCAAGAAGAGUCGGAGGAGUCCCCUGUCGCCCCAGUUGCAUCAGAUGACUGCCUCGGGUGUCAGCCCGCCUGUGCCCAUUAGUCUAACUUCAGAGGCUUCACGUCCGGCCAAGAUGUACACCAAAGAGAACAGCUUUUCACCGAGCAAGAAGGUUGUCAAUAUAUUGGACAGCAAUGUUAAAUGGAGUGAGUUGAGUGACAGUGAGCAGAGGGCAGUAGGAGAAGGCUUAGAAAUGGUCUUGUCUCAGUGCUUGGGGGUGAGAGAAAGACUAGACCUGAUGGUCCUGUUAGAGCCAGGUUCAUUGCCUUCUGCCCCACUGAGCUAUGGUGACAUGGAGUGGACCAUCAACCUUGACGACAAGAAGCUUGAAACUCUCCGACGUUUCCUGCGUGGGCUGGACUGUCCAACAGACUCUGAUCCCAACCUGGAAGUGAGCAGUAGUAAGAAAAAGAAAUCAACAGCAAAGAAAAACAAAAAACUAUUGAAGGAGGAGAAGUGGCACAACUUCGCCAAGGAGAAGGCAAAAUUGCCACUGGGCAGAGAGGGGCGUAAGCAAGGCUGGGACUUGGGAAGCAAGUCUCUGUCCACCAAGAAGUCCCCUGUGAAGACCCCGCAAGCCAGACCUCUGGUGGGCAAGUGCUGGUCGUCACUUGCUAAGGGUUCUAAGGUCAAACUGUCGCCACCGAAGCAGCUUAGCAAGAGCUCUGAAAGGAAGUGCAAUACCACAGAACUGUUGCAGCUACGAACCAGAUCCAGAAAAGAAUACCGUCAGCUAAUGAAGGAGAGGAGAAGCGGGCUGUUUGAGAGAGAGGAGGUGGUCACCUUAUCUGCAUCUGCAAACGAGCCGUGCAACACACCCAAAAAAAAGGAAGAGGAGGAGGAAGAGGAUGAUAUAGAUAUUUUAGGCUGAAGAAUGUUUUUUUUUUUAUAGAUAUAUAUAUGAUUUUCUGUUCUCGUACCUACGUCAAAGUUUAAUACUUUUCUCUUUUUUUCUCUUUUUGUAUAGAAGUUUAUCGUUUUUCAUUAUAAGUAAUAGAUUUUGGAUUCACUGGUAUUUCAGCAAUUGGAAAUAUAGGAAGAUAUUACUUUUAUUAGUUUUCUGACCUAAGAAUUCUAAAGUUUGGACAGUGUCAAAUCAUUUACAAUUUGUAGUCAUUUUAAAUGUGGUGUUGGUACUGUACCUCCUCAAAAAAAUAUGUAACAGUGAGACUUCAUCUUCACAUUUUCAUUUAAGAAAUUACAUAAAUUUUCUAUGGUUUCUUAUUACAGGGUUUGAAUUUUCAUGCUUUUUUCUUUUGUUUUUUCAUUGGUACUUUGAUUCCAAACUCGGAAGCUUUAUUUACAGAUAUAAGUGGCAUCUGGCAUCUCUUAGAAGGCUUCAGUCCUGCUUAAAUAUGUCAUAUUGCAAAUUUUAAUUCAAUUUUUUUUUCUCAAUUUAUGCAUAUUAUUUAAAGAAAUUCCAUCACUUUUCUCUCCAGAAUCAUAUGUAGUAGCAUUUGUAAUACUCUAUUCAUGAUAAACUACCUCACUCUCAGCUGUGGACUAAUUCUCUGUUUUUCUCUGUCCAAAAACGCUUGUUAUAUCUCCAUCAUUGGGGCUCAGAAAUGGGCUUUGGAAGGCUGUUAAUUCUUUUUCUAUGCAAAGCUUUUGUACUUUGUUAGUUGUCAGAAUAGUGUUUACUUUCAUCAACAGUUAAACCUGCUUUAUUUGUGAAGUAGGAAUGGGAGAUUAUAUGGGUUGGAUAUUUUUUAAAUUUUACCGUCAUUCUUUUGAUUUUUGUAAAGAUAGGUUGAUGUAUAAUUUCCCGUAGCACUUACAACAAAAUUUGUUUUAUUAUCUUAUGAAAUAUUAAAACAGUUCCAUGUAGUAGGAAGCUGCAAACACCAUAUGUAUGUAUCUCCAAGAUUCACCAGAUCUUGUUCAUGUUCCUUGAAGAAUGAUAAAUGUAAUCACAGCUACUACCUCUUAAUAACCAUGUAGGCGAAUCCUUGUUAGUGAAAAAAAAAGCUGAGUUAUGAAAAACUAGAUGCCUAGAUGCUUUUCUUGGAAUACUGAAUGUAUGUUUUGAGUCCCAUGCAAAUCAGAAAUUAUAUCAGAAUUGAACAAUGUAUUCCAUCCACAAAUCAAAAUUGUUAACUAGGAUUUUAUCUAUUUAUUUAUUAUUGUUAUUUUUUAUGUAGGGGAUCAUCAGUAUUUGUAGUUUUAUCUGCCUUCACAAUUAGAGUGAUGUUGAUAUCCAGUUUUAUUUUCUCAGAAAAGCUCAGGUGAUUUUCUUAGAUUACCCAUCCAUGUUGCCUUAAAUGCCACCAAAUAGAAACAGAGAAUCAUAAAGUCUGUACUAUGUAACUGAGCAUAAUAUUGUAUUCAUUUAUUUAAAUCAAGUUAUUUAUUCUUUAUCAUAUCCCAUUUUGUAUACUCUGUACAAGUUGUUGCACUUUAUCAACCACCAAUCGACAUAUCGUUCCUUCCACCAGCGUAAUUUGUGGAGGCGGAUCACACUACCUUAUAUGUUGUCUCUCAUUGCAUAUGGUGCUAGAAGUGUGAUUGUAUAGUAUGUUGAUUUAAGUAUUUUGUUUUGGUUAUACUAAAAGGUGAAAGCAGAUAUCUACUCGCAGUGUAAACCGUAUUGCUUUCAUUGUCAUUUUUCAUUGAUUGUAUGUAAAAUGAAUUCUCAUUAACCAUAACUCUUGAGAUGUUAGGAAAACUAUGUCCUGUAACUCUUUUAAUAUAAAAUUUCUAUUUCUUGUAAAAUUGACGAUACAUUUGGCUGACUUUCAAAUCAUAUCUGAUAUUGCAUUUGGCUGAUUCUUUAGUUGAUUACAGAUAUUCAACAUAUGGAGAAAAAAAGAACAGUUUUGCCAGACCAUUUAGUAUCUAUAGAUAGUGAACUGAUGUUACAUAUUGUCAGAAAAUUUAUACAUUGAGAUAAACAAGAUUAAAUCCCUGUGAUAA